AUGACUGUCACGUACACAGCCAGAGUUGCAAAUGCCCGUUUCUGUGGCUUCUCCAAGCUGCUGCUGGCCUGGAAGGGCAGCAUCUACAAGGUGUUGUAUAAAGAGUUCCUGGCUUUCUUUGCCAUGUACACCGCCAUCAGCAUCACAUACAGAUUUUUCCUGUAUGAUGAUCAGAAGAGGUACUUUGAGAAGCUGGCAAUUUAUUGCAACCACUACGCCAGCCUCAUCCCCAUGUCCUUUGUUCUGGGUUUCUAUGUGACCCUGGUGGUGAACCGCUGGUGGAGCCAGUAUACCAGCAUCCCGCUCCCUGACCGGCUCAUGUGCGUCCUGUCGGGGGGGCUCCAGGGCAGCGACGAGCGGGGCCGCCUGCUGAGACGCACCAUGAUGCGCUAUGCCAGUCUGUCGGCCCUGCUCAUCCUCCGCUCCGUCAGCACCGCCGUGUUCAAACGGUUCCCCACCAUGGACCAUGUGGUGGAGGCUGGAUUCAUGUCAAGAGAGGAACGGAAGAAGUUCGAGAGCCUCCACUCUCCUUACAACAAAUUCUGGAUCCCCUGCGUGUGGUUCACCAACCUGGCAGCAGUGGCCCGCUGCGAGGGCCGGAUCAAAGACGAUCACACACUCACACUACUGCUGGAGGAGCUGAAUGGGUUCAGAGGGAAGUGCAGCAUGCUAUUUCACUACGACAUGAUCAGCGUUCCCCUAGUCUACACUCAGGUGGUGACUUUAGCGGUGUACAGUUUUUUCCUGGUGUGUCUGAUUGGUCGACAGUUCCUGGACCCAAAUCAAGGCUAUCCGGGUCAUGACCUCGACCUCUACGUGCCCAUCUUCACCCUGCUGCAGUUCUUCUUUUACGCUGGAUGGCUCAAGGUCGCAGAGCAGCUGAUCAACCCUUUUGGAGAAGAUGAUGAUGACUUUGAGACCAACUGGUUGAUAGACAGAAAUUUCCAGGUGUCCAUGAUGGCGGUGGACGAGAUGUACGGAGAUCUGCCGAUGAUGGAGAGAGAUCGAUACUGGAACGACUCCAACCCCAGACCUCCCUACACUGCCGCCACUCUCUUUGUCCUCCGCAAACCCUCCUUCCAAGGGUCCACUUUCGACAUGGCGAUCCCUAAAGAGGAGAUGCACUUCCAGCCUCUGGAGGACAUCGCUGAGAACAUGGAGGAGUCAGGCAGUUAUCACCCCAACAUGGCCCUCUUCAACCGCCUACUCAACGCCGCCCCUUCCCCCACUGGACUCAUGGGAGGGGCUCUUCGUCGCACCUCAGCACAACUCCAGAGGCUACGCCACUCCCCCAGCAUCGACCAAUGCACCAGCGAUGAUGACGACGACGAAAGUGUUCAAAUAGGUAAAGGUGGGUCGCUGCCGUCAGGUCUGGGGCAGGACACCCAGAGCACCGUGUGCAGUGUCAGGGACGAGAAGGGCCUGAGGACACCGCUGCUGGAGGUUCAGUUUGGUGCGAACACCGAGAGGCAACGUCAUUCUGUCUUCAAUGAGAAGAAGGAGAUGAGUGAAGUCGAGGAGAAGAGCGAUGAAGAGUUGUACAUAAGGGAGGAAAGAGAGGAAGUAGAGAGUACAGUUGGGGAGAUUCAAGCUCCUUCAUCACGGCUUCUACGUCCCCCCCAGUCCUCCAGAGAGACGUCCACUCGAUCAGCAUCGGCCAUUCCCUUCACUUCCCGUCACCGCUCUGCCUUCACGUUUCACCCGCCUGCCGACUCCGGUCUGGAGCACUGCAGCUCCCAGCCGGCCAUCAACCACAACAGAGCUGUGCCCACUAUCCCCAAACCUCCUCUUGGUGGAAACAAAAAGUCUUUCCUCACUGUGCCGUCUCACAACGAACCUCAGCGCUUUCGCAGUGUGAGCAUGGGAUCAGAGCUCACUGGGUCUUAGGUGGACAUGGGCUGGUGAUGUUCCCAUUCACUUUUGGCUGUUUGAAACCAUAAUGAUCGAUCCAUUGCACGUUUUUAUGGAUAAAAUGUGUAUUAUAUACAAAACUGAGCUUACACGUUUACUUUGAAUCUAUAAACUUUCGGACCAGAGUUAUCAGUUGUUUUCAAAUUAAAGAAAAUAAAACAAACUUCAUAGGAAAACUUUGACAUAGGAGGAAUCAUGUCUUACUGAGUCUGUAUGAAAACAAACAAUUCAAUUUCUGUUCAUUCAAUACAGACAUUACAAGUGUUGUGUUAAAUUAGGCUAGACAAGUUGUAUUGUAGUCUAGCUUAGAACUGAAACUAGAGACAGGGGUUUUCUGAUUGGACUCCAUCAAAAAAGGAGGAAGCAAUCCCUUACAAUUUUACUCAGUGUCUAAGCAGCUAGCAUGUUACACACCAAUGCAUUCAAUUGUCACCAAGGUUUAGUUGCGAGAGUCAACAACCUCACUACGAGACAGGACUUUAGAGAUGUAAUAAACUAGCCUAAUAAUCAUGAUAGCUUAAUAAUUAAGAUAGCUCAAUAUCAAGCUAGCUUAAUAUCAAGCUAGCUUCAUAAUUAAGCUAGUUUGUUCAAAAAGCUAGCUUAUAGUAGGCUAAUUUACCUAGUUGCUCCUUAUAUCUGUUGUCAGAUACAGAAAAUACAACAACAUGUGAGUGUUGGAGUUGCUGCAAGGAACAUUUGUGCUAAACAGGUCGAAGCUACAUGUGUAAAAAGAAGAUAAAUAGGAGAAAAAUGGGCUUCAAAUACAAGUCUUAUGUGUGUGUAAAAUAUACUUCUGGUUAUCUGCACAUAAUAUUGUAGUAUAACAAUUUAUUGCCUGUAACUACUGAAGUCUGUUGUAAUAUUUAGCAUUAACCAAAAUUUGGACUGAAAAAAUGCUGCUGAAAUGAAGACAAAUGGGUUAGUUUUCUUUGCUUACUUUUUUUUUUGAUUGUUUGACUGUAAAUAGAAUGAUUCAUAAUGCAUGUCUGUUACUUAAUUUAAACAAAUAUUGAAUGAAGAGAAUGAGAUUACCUGACUUUUUUUACAUUAAUGACCACAUGAAAAGUUAUAAUUAAGGUUUUGCAUAAUUUCUAAAUGAAAAUG